AUGCUCGCAAGAGGGCAAGCUUGCGCCUUCAGUGAUGCUCCCAUCAAAGUAGUCGCGACUCGCACGUCCCUCGAUUGCAUCGAAGAGAGCCUGGCGGUCGAGGGAGUUGAAGGCGUUCUUUGCAUCCAAGCUCACCAGCACUGUGGGGUUGGCAACAUCCUCAUCAUCACCGCGAGCACAGCCGUCUCGAUCGAGUCCGAACUGAAUCGCUCGAGGCUUCGUCGCGAGUCGACGGUGUGCGGAACCGAUGACAAUUGGCCGGAGACCAGGAAUAAGAAGAUCCGGCAUCCGGCCAAGAAGGACCCCUUGGAGGAUAUGUUUGCAGUAGAGCUUCAAAGCUGCAGGAUGACUAGAAAGGGGCUAGUGGUGUCGAGGAUGUCAGUCAAAUCCACCUGCAGCACUGCAAGCGCUUGCUGGGUCGCGGCGGAGGAGCAGGCUCAGACUCCUGAGACGAUUGGCCGGACUGCCGCUGCUCCCUCGGCCCGCGCGGUUGUGGUCGCUGCUGUUGCUGGUGUUGCUGCUGCUGCUGCUGCUGCUGCGGACGCUGGCGUUGCUGCUGCUGCUGCUGCUGCUGCUGUUGCUGCUGCUGCUGACGCGGGUGCUGCGGCUGCGGCUGCUGCUGCUGCGGUUGCUGCUGGUGGCGGUGGUGUUGCGGCUGCGGCUGCGGCUGCGGCUGCGGCUGCGGCUGCGGCGGCUGCGAAUGUGGCUGCCGCCGCCGUUGCUGUUUCUGCCGUUGCCGCCGCCCUCGCGAUGCUGGAACAAGCUAAACCUCCAGGCGACACAGCGCACAGCGAGAAGCUGCACAAUCACACACAAAACACAAGCCCGAAAAGAACCAGCACUGCUUGCACCCAGACGCGGCAGCGCCAGCCCAAGCGCGAAGCCGCGCAGACAAGCAGCCGAAGGACGCGAUACCCGGAGGCAGCCGACUGA